AUGGAAGGUGGCACAAUCGUUCAAAAGUCUGAGAACAACAAUGACACAGCCAGCUUGCCUUCUUCACAGUCUUCACAGUCAUCUUCCUACAUACCUGUCAAACUAGAAGAAUAUGAAACAUCAGGCUUCAGCAUCAAGAAGCUUCUCACAAAAGCCAAAGAGAAUUACAAGUGCAACCAGGAAAGUGUCCUCACCUUCUUUCGUCAGUUGUUCCCAGUAAUUGAGUGGCUUCCUCAUUACAACAUCAAGGAACAACUGCUAGGGGAUAUCAUCUCAGGCUUAUUGGUAGGAAUUGUUUCCAUCCCUCAAUCAAUCUCCUAUGCCCUCCUUGCAAGCCAGGAUCCCAUUUAUGGUCUCUACACCAACUUCUUUUGUGCUAUCAUUUACUUUUUCAUGGCUACCUCACGCCAUAAUUGUGUUGGUUCUUUUGGGGUCCUUUGCUUGAUGAUUGGACAGACAGUAAAUCGGCAACUUACCCUAGCAGGAUAUGAUUUGGACAUGAAUACAGAUCUGAUGGCCAAUACUACAAUGAAUGGGACAGUUGCCUGCAACAGAGGUUGUUAUGCAAUCACAGUGGCAACCACUCUAACUUUUUUGGUUGGGAUUUAUCAGAUUAUUCUAGGGGUCUUCCAGUUGGGCUUCAUCUCAGUUUAUCUCUCAGAACCUCUUCUGAGUGGGUUUGUAACAGGGUCCUCCCUUACCAUUCUCACAUCCCAAAUGAAUCUUUUACUUGGACUGAAGCUUCCUCGGCAUGAUGGAACAGGUUCCCUGAUUUUGACAUGGAUUGACAUCUUCAGAUACAUUGGGAAGACCAACAUCUGUGAUUUGGUCACCAGCAUGGUGGCUUUAAUUCUAAUUGUGCCAGUAAAAGAAAUCAACAAUUUAUUUAAGGACAAAAUGAAGGCUCCAUUUCCUAUGGAACUCCUAGUGGUAAUUGGAGCUACACUCCUCUCGCAUUUUCUUAACUUUAAUAAAAAAUACAAAUCUAAAAUUUGUGGCACAAUUCCCACUGGUUUCAAACAACCUGCUGUCCCAGAUCUGAGCCUUUUAUCAAAUCUGGCACUUGAUGCUCUACCCAUUGCCAUUGUUGGUUUCGCUAUGACAGUCUCACUGUCAGAAAUAUUUGGCAAGAAGCAUGGCUAUCCGGUCCGAGCGAACCAAGAGAUGAUUGCCAUUGGGAUGGGAAAUCUGAUCCCAUCUUUCUUCUACUGCUUUGCUUCCUGUGCAGCCUUGUCAAAGACUUUGCUGAAAGAGUCAACGGGAUGCCAUACUCAAAUAUCAAGCUUGAUAUCCUCAGCUGCAUUGCUCCUGGUACUACUGUGGAUUGCCCCUCUCUUCUAUUCACUGCAAACUUGCAUCUUGGGUGUGAUUACAAUUGUUAAUCUCAGGGGAGGAUUGCGGAAAUUUGCUGAAGUACCCAAGAUGUGGCGGAUCAGCAAAAUAGACACCAUAGUCUGGUGGGUAACCAUGCUGUCCUCAUCUUUGAUCUCCACAGAACUGGGCCUUCUGAUAGGGGUCUGCUUUGCUCUUCUCUGCAUCAUCUUACGCACCCAGUGGCCCCGAGCCACCCUUCUAGGUAAGGUGCAUGACUCAGAAAUCUAUGAGGAUCAGUUUACUUACAAGAGGAUCACCAGCAUUGCAAAUAUCAAGAUCUUCCGCUUUGAUACUUCUCUUUACUAUGCAAACAAAGACUACUUCAAAAGUUCACUUUUCCAGAAAACAGGAGUGAAUCCCUGCCUAGUUGCUGCUAUACAACAAAAGGCUCAAGCUAAAGAAAACCUGAGCAAAAAUGAAAGUUGUUUUUCUUCCAAGUUGAACUGCCUAAGGGGAACCAAGACCCCAAAGGCUUCAGCAGAUGGCCCUGUGGCCUCGAUAGAUAUGCAUACCUUGAUCAUUGAUUGUGGAGCCAUGCAAUUUAUAGACACUGUAGGCCUUAGUUUGCUGAAGGAGAUGCGGAAAGAUUACAAGAAGAUUGGCGUACAGGUCCUGCUUGCCAAUUGUAACCCAUCCAUACGGCGUUUGCUCCAGGCAGGAGGUUGGCUCACUGGGAUGCAGGAACCAGAGUUGCUCUUAUUCCAUGGUGUACAUGCUGCUGUGCAGUUUGCAGAGAAACAGGAUCAAACUCAACAGUCAGACAGUGUGGUGGCAACAAAUGUUUUUCAACCAGAAACCGAGGACGUUUCAAUAGCCCUGAGUCUGGAAGAACGCCUCUAG